AUGGCGUCACAGGAAAACACCUCGCGGCAGCUCAUGACCCUGCAAUUUCAAGACAAUCUGGACGAAAAGACCAACGAAGAUGCUCAAAUCCCCGAGCUUCGCCGGGGACAUCGCGCCGAGCGGGGCCGGUAUCUGGCCCGGGACCUCCCGCCUUUGCAUGUGCUCGAAGACAUUUUUGCUGAUAUGGUCUCGAAUGCCAUGCGACUGGGCCUCAAGGAUGUCCUCCUCCAGCUUGGCCAUCGAUCACUCCGAGUGGCAACGGUGUGCUCCGGCACGGAAGCCCCGCUUUUGGCCCUGGAGAUGGUCCAAAAGGGUAAGUCUGAGAUUGAUUUUCCCUAUUCUUCGAUCGGCGAUGCAUUUCAUGUUGUUCAUGUCUGCGUGUUCGGUUGUGCUGGCGUGAAGAAACUCGAGUCGUGGUUUCUUGUUUCCCCUUUGCGGGGCUCGGGCGCUCUAGGCACCGACCAACUUAAAUUCACACAUGCUUUCAGCUGUGAAAUUGUUCCGCAGAAGCAAUCCUACAUCGAGCGUAGCUUCCGUCCCCCAAUCCUCUUUCGCGACCUAACCGAACUGGGACGCGAUGAAGCCAAAACCGCCUACGGAUCCUUGAAGGCUAUUCCCGGUAAUCUUGAUAUCUUGUUUGCAGGAACUGCCUGCGUCGAUUUCUCCUUGUUGAACAGCCGCAAGAAGACCCUGGCAGAAGGUGGCGAGUCUGCGGCCACGUUUGACGGCCUCUUGCAAUAUGUGGACAGAUACCGACCCCGCAUGGUGAUCCAGGAGAAUGUCAAGGCAGCUCCCUGGGGCAAAUUGACGGAAGAAUGGAAUUCCAUCGGAUACAUGGCGAUUAUGUCGCCUGUUGACACCAAGCACUUCUACAUUCCCCAGACACGCGAACGUGGCUACAUGGUUGUCAUUGACAAGCGCCGCUUGGGGGCAGCGGGCCUGAUUACCCACCCCAUGGACCAGACUGGCCUUAAAUCAGUCUGUGACAAAAUUAUUGAGCUUAUUUCUUCUCUCAAACGACCCGCAAGUACGCCUGUCGGGAUGUUCCUGUUCAGCGACGACGACCGUCGACUUGAAGUUGCUGAAGCGAAAGCGUCCCUGGAGAUGCGCAGCGAGGUGAGCUGGGAGCAAUACCAGGUUCGCCACCUACGCUAUCGUUCAGAUCUAAGUCUCGGCAACGAAAGACCAAUCAGCAAGUCCAGUUUUGGAAGUUCAGCUCUAACCGUCCCGGAUUUCUAUUGGCAUCGUUUCUGGGAGACACAACCCGAGAGGGUAUGGGAAACGGCAGAUAUCAACUUUCUGGCGAAACUCUCUCAGUCAUAUGACAUGAACUUCAAGGAGCGUUGGAUCGACCUGUCCCAAGGCGUCGAUCGGGGAAAUGACAGUAUGAAGAGUAUUGGAAUCGCCGGAUGCCUGACCCCAAAGGGGCUGCCGUUCGUGACCACCCGUGGGGGACCUGUAUCUGGAACAGAAGCCCUUGCAUUGCAAGGUCUACCUCUCGAUCGUAUGAUUUUCGCGAGAGAAACACAGGCCGAGCUGAUGGAUAUGGCUGGGAAUGCGAUGACCAGCACGGUCGUCUGCGCAGUUAUGUUCGCCGGUCUUAUAGCCGCGCAUCGAAUCUUUGACACCGACGAGGAAGGGCCAACCCACCCCGUUAACAAAGAUACCAAGCCACUUAUCAACCCAAACGAGGUUUACAGCCUAGUGAUGGGCACCCUUCCAGUCCCAGAAUCUAGAUUCAUCGACCACGACCUUCUCAAAGCCCUCGCAGCGCGUACUGUGUUGCGAUGUUUCUGCGAGAGGCAGACAAGGGUACAAGACGAUAUCCUCGAAUGCCAGAAUUGUGGACAUACUGCCUGCAGAAAAUGCCAUGGCAACCCGGCGCACUCAUAUGUCCCGCUCACACUCCCUCGGGAAAACCCAUCGGAGUUUCUUGCGAAAAUAACAGCACUUCUUCCCAUGAAACUAGUCCUGAAGGGGCUCAGCAUUUCGAGCUUCGAAGAGUUUCGCCACAAAUUCUCCAGUGUCGCUCUCCAACCCCUCUGGGCUGACUUCACGACAUGUGUCUCACUGGUUUUCGAGGAUGUUUAUUGGUUCUCCGAAAUCAAGCGUGGAAGGAAGUGGCGAGUAAUUUACACCGGCAAGAAUGGCCACUUGCAUCUUGAGAUUGGUCCGGCAUCCAUUGAAUGGUUUGUGUUUGGAGAUGCACCAAAGUGCGCACCAGCGAAAAGUGCCAUCAGGGAGAUUUUUGCUAAACCAGUGGCGGAAAUGACACCCCUUUCAGGCUCUUUGGUCGAUGGACUCUGGGAAGUCUAUUCACCCUUGAGUAGCCCAUUCAAAGUUAAAAUAUCUGGUGGAGGGACGAAGGAUCCAUCGUUCGAAGCUUGUUGUGAUCUGAAAGCCCCCGUGUUUGCCGAAUCCAAGGUCUGGCAUGAGCUGUCGAUUGAAGCAACUCAAACGGACGGCUCUAAACUCGAGCCUGCUACCGACCAUGAUAUCAAUGGCACUUACACCAUCAUGGAUUCAUGUGGCACAGCAUGUGGUGCAAUGUACAAGAAAGAUGACAACGGCACUACCCCAGCCAUGUUCCUAUUCCUGGAUCCUGACAAGAUUGGAUUGCCAGAGAGCGAUGCUUGCGUGUUCUCUCUCGAGCACAGUCGUCUCCCAGGUUACGAGGUCAGAAUGACCGUCGCCGAGUUGGAUCCGACUUUCAGGGCAACAGAAAUGAUUAAGUCCCAAGAGGCCAAGGAGUCCAAAGAGGUCAAGGAGCACCAAGAAGUCAAGGAGCCCAAAGAGUUCAAGGCCUUCCGGCGUGAACGUGCAAAGGAACCUGCAGCACAACUGGUUAUUUGCGAGACGUCAUACAUUUCCCACAAGGUUCUGCAGCCGGGAACCCAAAUCUCAAUCCAGGACACGAACUGCCACGAGGCCUGUAUUACACUGGCCACUCUGUCAGCACCAACAACAGCCCUGAAACUCCCAAACACGGCGGAUCAUUGGCAGUCAUGGGACCCCGAGGUCUCCAGCCGAGAACUCAAAGGGUUUGCCUGGCUGUUUUCGCAAAUUGCAGGGUUUUCAGCCUUUGAAAACUGGAGCAACAUCUUCUCUAUUCGAACCCAUGAGCAUGAAGGCUCUAAUACAAACUGCAAAAAUUGCAACCCGCUUCCACCUGGUAUCAUUUGGGGCCGCAAUGCAAAGGGAAAAGUGACCCCGUAUGAGAACCAGUUGGACGCUGCUGUCUAUGAGCGUGCUGUGAAGUCUCGACCGUCCCCUUUCCUAAUUUUCCGACGAAUCAAUGCAAACAGAGAAGCGGAAGUACGAGUCACACUCAAUAUCCAAGCUUUGACCCAUCAAGCCCGUGGGAAAUUGGCUGGAAUCACCAACGGCGAGACCACUUCAUCGCAAUGGCGACUAAUCCCUCAGGCCUUUGAUCAUAUCAACGGACGCGAUAAGAGGUUCCCUGUAAUGAACAAUGCUGCUGAUCCUCCGUCACUGCAGCCUCCUAACUUUAAAAAAGAGCUGCGUGAUGACCAACUUCGUUCGUUGGGUUGGAUGAUUUCACAGGAGGCCGAAGAUAUCGAGCCAUUCAUGGAAGAAGAAGUUGAGGAAGCUGUGCUUUCUCUUAUCCCAUGGCGGGCUGAAGUCAAGCUCACAAUGCCAAAAAGAGUUCGUGGUGGCGUGAUCGCCGAUGAUGUUGGCUAUGGCAAGACAGCCACCGUUCUUGGACUCAUUGACUCGCAACACCAGACAGACCUGGAUAUUGCACGUGAGGAUGAUGGGUUGAUCCCUACGAAGGCAACCCUGAUUGUUGUGCCUGGCAACGUGCUGACGCAAUGGGCUUCGGAGAUUGAAAAGUUCCUGGGAACUAAAUACAAAGUCUUGACUGUGGAUUCGAUCAACAAAACCACUAUCCAACAAGUCCAAGAUGCCGAUAUUGUCCUUGUGUCAUGGAGCAUCCUGGCCAACGAUUCUUAUUACAAUCGACUUCAACGCUUUACUGGAACACCGCAGGCCCCCUCGAGAUCCGGGGCAACAGGUCGAAGCUUCGAUAGCUGGUUCCACGAAGCUCAGGCUUCUCUUCGGGAGCUUGUUGGCACCUUGCAAGAUGAAGGGCCUCAGUCGAUGCUUCGGGAAUUGAGAGCUAGACGUCAGCAAGUUCAAGAGACCCAGGCUAACGCUACAUAUGUGCCGUCUGCCCGCCUACGCGGCCAAGCAUUCGCUGAUGCUCACGCUACCCGUGACCCUAUCUCCGAAGAUGAAGAGCUUUCGGAUUUUGAUGAUUCUGGAGUUCAGCAAAAGCGAAAGCGCGGUGCAACUUCGAAAACAAAGGAAGACACCAAGCGACCCAAGAUCAAAACAGAGGGCUCUGGGCAAGCUUCCAAGUCCAAGAAAGAGCCCAAGCAAAGAGCACCACCAGAUGAUCACAAAGAUUUUGGCAUCACGCAAGGAAACAAGAAGCAAGACUGGCGUACCGUAAAAGCCGCUUUUCUCCAUGCGUUCUCAUUUAACCGCCUCGUCAUUGACGAGUACACUUACGCGGGGGAGGAACGGCAAACCUCCCUGUUAGGCUUGAACGCACGCUCGAAAUGGAUACUUUCUGGAACCCCAUCGCUUAACGAGUUCGCGGAUAUCAAGAGCAUUGCCCGGUACCUCGGCCUUCAUCUCGGUGUUGAUGACGACGGUGACUGCGACAAGCGAACCCAUAACGCGAGAUUGCGACACAUUCGGAAAAACUUCAUGGCUGUGGAGGCAUUCCAGAUGUACCAGCCGCCUCAUAGCAAUGCGUGGUACGGAAAUCGUCGGUCGCACGCCCAGAACUUCCUGGAUCGUUUUGCUCGUUCAAACAUGGCGCAGGUCGGAAAGAUCCCAGCGGAGGACCAUGAAGUGAUCGUUGAUCUGACACCCACGGAGACGAUGGACUACAAAGAAUUGUUCAAAACAGUCAAGGGCAAUAAAAAACGAGUGGAGGACCCCACAAGCUCCCUAAACACAAUUCUGUCUAACAGCCACAGCCAAGAGGAGGCUCUCGUCCUGGGCUGCGCCGUCGCCCAGAUUGGCAAGGGCCCGUGGAACCUUGAAUCCUCUCAAACUGGGUUGAUGCUCACCACCAAGAAGCAAGAUGUGUAUUGGAAUAGAAUCAAGGAACUUUGUCGCGAAGCAGCAAUUCUGUGGUAUCGCCAGAGUACGGAUCCCGAGGGCUGGGGAGAUUACCACGCUGGUGUCACGGGGGUCAAUUAUGAGGACCGGAUGUUCGCCGACAGAUUCCUGGAACUCGUGAAGGACUGCUUCAUGUCAUACAAGACCUGGACAGUAUCAGACGUCAAUGACUACGAAGCGUUGAUGAGAAAGCUUGAAAAAAGAGAAACAGCUAUCUCCGAGUCAUCCAUUCCAUCCAACCCAUCCAACCGCACCAGACCGACCUCUAGCGCGGCGACUGCGUCCGACGAUGAGCAGACAACAGAAAUGGUCAAAAAAGCCAUUAUCACGGACACAAUUUCUCUCCUGAAGAAUGUUCACUUGGUUGACCGUCCGAAACGUCUCUAUCAAUCCGUGGUGGAAGCUCAUACUCUUUCUGUUUUUGCCUGCGCGAGCUGCAAUAGUCGGGUCCUACAUAAGAAGGACGUGUCGAUUCUCAAAUCAUGUGGACAUAUCCUUUGCACAGAGUGCCAGAAGACCGGCGAAGAGCACCAUUCAUGCCAGAACCUUGCUUGCAAUGGACAUCUCCUGCCAUGCAAGCUCAUGAAAGUCGCCAAUAUCUCAAAUGACGAGCCCACAGCAAAUAGCUCAAAGUUCACUUCGCUCAUCAAUCUCAUCAACAAGAUCCCGGAAGAUGAGCGUGCACUGAUCUUUGUCCAAAUUGGGCACCUGAUGCCCCUCGUCUCGGGGUCUCUUACGACCGCCGGAAUUGACCACCGGCUGGUCACCCCGACCACCUUCAGGGUGGUCGGGGAAUUCAUUGAAGGUACCAAGCCAGCAGCAGCUGGCGGCGCCACAACCCCCCGGCCAAAGGCCUUGGUUCUGAACCUUGGGGGAGCCGCUGCUGCUGGCUUGAACCUUCAAUGUGCAAACCACGUCAUCUUCUUCUCCCCGUUCCUCGCCGAGACUGAAGAUGACUGGAAUGCUGGCAUGACCCAAGCGAUUGGGCGUGCCCGACGAUAUGGACAACUUCGUGUUGUCCAUAUCUACCACCUACUGGCGAGGAACACCGUGGAAGUCAACAUCUUCCAACAACGCAACAAGUGCAGGCUUGUGUUGCGCCACGGUGUGGUGACUCGCCUCCCAGAAUGGGAGAAGCAUCGGGAGACCGAUGUCCUUCUGGGUGGCGAGUCACCGUGGGAGUAG